AUGGUUCGGGAAAUAUUCAUCUGCUUCUUCACUUUUCAUUUUAUCCAUUGUCUUGCGGAUUCUCCAAUCUGCUCCUUCCAAAGUCCCCAACUAAAUCGAUAUUCACGAGAUGGGGACAUCAUUCUCGCAGGUUUCUUCCCAAUGCACACAGAAUGGAAUUAUCAAGAUAAUUCUUUUACAGAGUGGGAGAAACCCAUGGUGUGUGAUAGAUACAGCUCUGUGUCAUACACCUGGCUACAGACAAUGAUAUUCACUAUUGAAGAGAUAAAUGCUAAUACAGCUCUACUCCCCAAUAUCUCUCUGGGUUUCCAAUUAUUUGACACAUGUUUCUCCAUUUCACGCUCUCUGUGGGGAACACUUUGGACAUUGUCGGGAACAGACAAACCUAUCCUUAAUUACCAGUGUCACAAAAAAGUGCCUCUAGUGCUAUUUGCGGAUAUCAUAUCAUUAACAUCUAUUGCAAUUGCAACUUUAUUAAGCGUCUACAGAUACCCCCAGAUUAGUUUUAGGUCUUCUUUAACCUCUCUGAACAAUCGAUUCUUGUAUCCUUCCUUUUUCCGCACUACUAGUAGUGAUGACAACCAGGCCCAGGCAUUGGCCCAACUAGUGUCUUACAUGGGCUGGAAAUGGGUUGGUUUGUUGUCUCUUGAAGAAGAAUAUGGAAUCUUGGGUUCCCAAGUCCUGAAACAAGAACUUCAGAUAUUAGGUGUAUGCAUUGCUUACCAUGAGACUUUUGGACCAAGGUCUUCUUUCAUAAAGAUGCAGUAUAUCACUGAUAUAGUCAUUCAGUCAUCAGCAAAAGUGGUUAUUGUCUUCUCUAGGGAUCCAGUCACCAAUCCACUAGUAGAGUUAUUGGUACAGAAAGGAGUGACAGAUCAGAUUUGGGUGGCUUGUGAUGGAUGGGCAAACUCUGUCAUUCUCUCUAUUUCAAAAUUUAGUCAAACAAUGAAAGGUACUAUUGGUUUGACAUUGCAUGAAGUGGAUAUGCCAGGGUUAAAGGAGUUUUUACUUGCCAUACGUCCAUUCAAUGUUCUUCCAGAUGACAUCUUUAUAAAGAAAAUGUGGGAGAUUGUCCAGGGCUGUCGAUGGCCUGAAGCUGAAGUGUAUGCAAAAAAUGAAACAGUUUGGUGCACUGGUGAGGAAAAACUGGAGAGAUUCAAGGGUACUGAUUAUGAGUUUAAUGAAUAUGACUUUAGUACAUCCUAUCUAGUAUACAAUGCAGUAUAUGCAGUUGCUAAUGCCCUACAUGAGCUUAUCUUUUGUGUGCCUGGCAAGGGACUGUCACCAGAAUGUGCAGAUCCGAAGACUAUAAAUCCAUGGCAGAUUGUUCACUACUUGAAGAAAGUGAACUUCACAAACAAGAUGGGAGAACAGAUGUACUUCAACCAAUAUGGGACAACACCAACUGACUAUGAUGUGGUGAACUGGCAAAGACAUGACGAUGGCACCAUUAAGUUUGUGAAUGUUGGACGUUACAAUGGGCGCAAACCAAAAGGGAAUGAAUUAAACAUCAAUUUGAGUGCCAUCCAGUGGAAAACAGGUGUAGAGCUCCCUCGUUCAGUAUGCAGUGAGAGUUGCUCUCCAGGAUUUCAUAAGGCUGCACAAAAAGGUCAACCAAUUUGUUGCUUCGACUGCAUCCCUUGUUUUGAAGGGGAAAUAUCCAAUGAAACAGAUUCUACUUACUGUUUCCCAUGUCCUGAGGAGGCUUGGCCCAGUAGGAACAAAACCAUAUGUGUACCAAAAGCUUUAGAAUUUUUGUCCUUUGGGGAUGCCCUUGGCCUCACUUUGACAUUAGUUGUCCUUUUUUGCUGCAUUACUACCAUGAGCAUCUUGUGUGUUUUCAUCACAUACAGAGAUACAGCAAUUGUCAUAGCCAACAAUCGUGAUCUCACCUACCUUCUUCUUGUCUGUCUGUUCUGUGGUUUCCUCUGCUCUCUACUGUUUAUUGGAGAACCUGGUCAACUUACAUGCCUACUGCGUCAGGUGGCCUUUGGAAUUAUUUUUGCAUUUAGUGUAUCCUGUGUCUUAGCCAAAACCCUUAUGGUUGUCAUUGCCUUCCGGGCUACCAAACCUGGUAGUAAUAUGCGUAAAUGGAUGGGAACCAGAGUCCCUGCAUCAACUGUCUUCAUCUGCACAAUUCUACAAGUCUUUAUUUGUAUCUGCUGGUUGUACAUAUGUCCUCCUUUUCCUGAGAAGAACAUGAAAAUCAAGACUGGAGUUAUUAUUUUUCAGUGUAAUGACUGUUUCGAGGCUCUUCUGUGGUGUAUGUUAGGAUAUAUGGCAUUUCUUGCCUGUGUUUGCUUUGUUGUGGCAUUUCUUGCCAGGAACUUACCAGAUAGCUUUAAUGAAGCCAAAUGGAUUACCUUCUCUAUGCUGAUUUUCCUGAGUGUUUGGGUCUCAUUUGUUCCAGCUUAUCUUAGUACACAAGGUAGAUAUAUGGUAUCAGUUGAGGUUUUUGCCAUAAUUUCAUCGAGUGCUGGGAUACUGGUUUGCAUAUUUUUCCCCAAAUGUUAUAUCAUAUUACUAAGACCUGACAUGAACACUCGAGGGAACAUUCUAGUCAGAGGGUCAUCUCAGAAGGCAUAA